UUUAGCUUAUCCAUUAUAUAUAUAGGUGCAGAAAUGUUUUACUCGCGCCGAUAACCACCACCGCCACCGCCACCGCCACCGUUACCGCUGUCGCCGCCACGGCGCCACAGCAACUGCCCUCUCUCUCUCUCUCUCUCUCUCUCUCUCGUGCAUUAAUCCAUAAAUCUUACAGAUACUGAAGCAGAUAUACCCAAACGUUUAAUUCUAUGUAAAAAGCGUUUGGUGGGUCGCAAUCAUUAUAAGGAAAAAGAAUGGCGUCUGCAUCACCUCUUUGCUUGUAUCAAGAUAGAGGAUUAAGAGCUACUGUUUCUGCAAAUGGGUCUGUCAAGAAACCCCGCUUCCAGAACUUACAGGUAUCUUUUACAGGAUCAUUUCCAGCAUGGGUAUGGCAACGUAAACUUUCCUUGAACAGUCCACUAAAAAAAGUGCCUCUAAAUCUGUGCAUAAAGUGUGAGAACACAGAGAAUGAGGGUUCCCAUGAGCAUGUGUCUGUUGAACGUCCACCUUAUUACAGUUAUAUGGACUCCACAUCUGGAAAAUUUGAACCAGCCUCUGGUGCUCGGGCUAGUAUUCCAGGACAGGAGUAUUGGCCAGAAGGCACAGCAAGUAGAGUCAGGGCAGCCAGGGCUCCAGAACCAACUGGUGUGUCAGCAGGAGCUCCAUCCUAUGGGAAAAGUCCUGGAAGUAGGAGGAAAAAUAACAAGACAUCUGCUGCUUCUUCUGUGUCUUCAGAGAUGACUGUAACUUCAAAUUAUCAAGAGGAACCUGAAACUUCAGAUGAUGGAUCAGAAGAGCCUAAGGAUUUCUCCUAUGAAUAUGUUGUUUAUCAGGCCGAACCACAGGAAGAGGAGCUAACUGAGUAUGAAGUGGACAAGAAACUUGGGCGUCCUCAUCCCUUUAUCAAUCCAGACACAAAGAAGCCAAUAGAAGAGCCACUUAAUAGUGAAGAACUAUGGUGGAACUGGAGAAAGCCAGAGAAGGAACAAUGGUCUAGAUGGCAGAGGAGGCGUCCUGAUGUUGAAACGGUAUUUCUUAAAGCUAUGGCAGAGAAAGGUCAAGUAAAGCUUUAUGGUGAUCAUCCAACAUUGACUGAGACUUCCCUGUACAGAGCUAGGCGGCAUAUUUAUAAAGAAGAAAGGCUACAGGCCGAGCAAGAGAGACUGGAAAGAAUAGGUCCAUUAGCUUACUACUCAGAAUGGGUUAAAGCUUGGAAGAGGGAUACUUCACGUGAAGCUGUUCAGAAACAUUUUGAGGAGACUGGAGAAGAUGAAAACACCCAACUAAUCGAAAUGUUCUCAUAUCAAACAGAUCGGGAAUAUCGCAUAAUGAUGGGGACUGAUAUUCGUAUUCGUAGAGAUCCGUUAGCAAUGCAAAUGCAGGAGGAUCAAAUUAAGCAAAUAUGGGGUGGAGACCCAGUUUACCCAACAAUAAACUAUAUUCAAGAUCCAAAUGAGGUGAUUGAUUUUCGGGGUCCAGAUUUUCAUGAACCGACACCCAAUAUGCUUGAUUUUUUGAAGGAGCAUGGCAAGAUAGUCACAAGACAGGAGCUUGAGAAAAUCUUGGCCAAGGAGAAGAAUGAGGAAAUUGAGAUAUCAGAUAUGGAUGAAGCAAUGGCACAAGCUGUUGACAUUGGUGAAAGUGAUGAUGAAGUGGAGGACAGCGAAGUUGAGAAUGAUAGCGAAGAGGAGAAAAUUGCACGCAAUUGGAGUGUUCUCAAAAGUACUCCACAACUUCGAAAAUCAAAGGAUAAACCUAAGAAGGAAAACAUGUCUUUAGAAGAAGCUGUUGAUGAUUCAGAGAAUCUAACGGAUUUUCUAUUAGACUUUGAGGAAGAGGAAUAAUGUUUUGCCAGCUUUUGAGAGAUGCAGGAAGGUCUGGGUUUGCUCCAAUGGCCAAAGAUGCUCCGCUGCUGCAAAUUGGGUCUAGUUGCUGUACAAGACUGCAUCUGCAUGUUGUUAGAUGCCUACUGUAUGAGAGGAAUUUGGCUGUUGGAUGGAAAGAGUUUUUGUAACUGCUAGCUGCGCUGCGGGGCUUGAAUUGAUGGAAGAACCAUGUUACUGAAAUUAACAUGGUUAGUAAAAGAGUUUCCCACAUCAAAGAAUAAAAGAGUAGUUUGUUUAUGUAUUGAAGUUCUUAGUUCUACUCAUGAAACUGUCAUAGGUUGCUCAUGAUGGGGCAUUGCCUCUGCCAAUGCAUUUGAAUUCUGAAUUAAUAAUGUGAAGAAUACUUGACCAUUUCUACUUAAAGUUUUCUGCGAUUCUGAACUUUA